AUGGCAAACACUUUGCACCCAGCGAAGGUGUUACUUCUGGCUGUUCACUUCGCGCAACAUGCCGACAUUGAUAGUCUCUCGAUUCUAACCAGCACUCAUACAACUAUCAUUCACGACGAAAUUUUAUUACGCAUCCUGCUAACUCAUCUACCGGAGACUGAGAGACCUGCCGCCUAUGUUGGUUUCUUGCAAAAGUUGGUUGAUCAUAGCUUCGAGCCGUGCCAACUCACUGGAUUGGAUACGUCGCCAGUCAACAGUAUAGAUGACAACGAAGCGGUGAAGAGGGCUACAAAACUUCAUCUACUGCCACUAGUAUGCCGGAAUCCGCCCGAGAUCGCCCAGGGGGACGCACUCAGCCGCUUCCUGUUUCUGAGAAUCCAUCAGAUGAAUGAAGAAACUGGGAUGCUCGCCCAGUUGCUUGAUCUACUUUUACCAUUUGGUCGCCACAGUCCUGGCAUACAUAAAUGGGCAAUGUCCACGGUAAUUCCGUAUGUACGGAAAGGUCUACAAUAUCGCGCCGGAACAUCACUUGCUUAUUCCUUAAUCGAGUUCGAGAAAUUGCCUGAUCACCAGGCAGUUGACUUCUUGUUGUGCCCAGUUGAUUCUCGCGCUCAACCGAGAGAAAAUGUUGAUCAUGACCUGAGGGGUAUUAUAGGGCCAUGGGUCUAUGAUACAGACCGAUGGGAAAAUUCCUCAGAGGAUGGCGAGUCAUCUAGGGUUUUCUGUCCUGGCUGGCACAAAGUUUGCGAGUGGUUCCUAUCUCAGGCCACCCUAUCAUGGCCAACUGCUGUUCAAGCCAUCGAACGUUGGGGUGGUCCAGAGGAUGUUGAAUUCGGUCAUGGAAUAGCACUCGACCUCCCAGCUGCACACAGACCGAGUGAAGGUGCCACAAACCUUCUACUCGCUCUCACUCGAAGUGCUUACGUCUUGACCCUUUUUGGUUCCCCCUCUUCACCGAGAUGCGUCGGAGACCUCACAUUUCUCCAUGACGAACGGGACCAAAGGUCUGAAAUUUCGAAACUCCUGAGGACCAUUGCAAUCCAAGCAUCCAAGGAAAAUGACGACUUUCUACUAAAGGCACGAGAAUUCCUGCUUUGGCUACGGGACUGGGGCCAUGGCACCGCUGGCAAACCUACUGCCGGAGCAGCAACAGUUGGUGCUCUUGGCAUGUUGAGCAAGGAAUAUGUGGAAGCAGAGUUUUUAAAGUUAUUAUUGUCCAGAGAACGCUAUAGCCUCGCGCGCAAUUUGUACGAUGGUGGAGGGCCUGUACGCCUCCCAGUCGAGGUCGUACAGGAUUCAGUAUACGAGUCGGCCCUGAGUGCUUUCGACAAUGCCACGAACCCGAAUAGGUCCCGAGGAGGGUUGAAAAGAUGCGAUGAAAUCAUUCAUGCCUUACCUAAAACCGUAGGCCUGUCGCUGCCGGGGACAAAGCGAAUUAUCGCGCUUUUGAAAGCCACUCACGCGCUUAGUGACUAUCGCUUGGUUCUUAAGCAAGGAGAACCCUUCAGUCCUGUAGUUCUCAGGGUACAUUCCGAUCCGAUAUUCAUUAUCGAAAAGGUCUUGGAACAGAACCCUCGAGCCUAUACUCGCCUCCAGGAGUUCCUGGAAAUGGGCAUGAACAUGGUUCGAGCAGGUUUACCGUCCUAUCGCAAGUUAGAUUCUCCUACAUUAUUGACAACUGAUUCGGAACUAAACCUCGCUGCCUAUAUUGCAGAACGACGCAUAACAGCAAUGUGUAUUGAAGCUGCUUUGAAGGAGGAUGACUUUGAAACCGCAUACUCCUAUGUUGCCAGUCGUCUAAGCAUGCAAAGUCCCGAAAACUCUGAUACUUCGCCCUGGCCAGUCGUAGAUGAAUGGUCUUGGAAGGCUGCGCUGCAGGCUGGUCAAUACAUUCGAACAGAGCGUUCGCAGCAACCAACUCAUUUAGGUACGGCAAGCGGCAAUCUUGAGAUACGACACCUUGAGCAGCGUAUUGAGUGUCUCGCCACCGCGCUGCGAGUCGCGCCAACUAGUCAGCUUCAGGAAAUCCUCAAGAGCUUUCGGCGCUGUGAAGAGCAACUUGAUUCGGCAAUUAAAGAGGAAGCGGCCAAUGAGCUGGCCUUGGGUGAAGAAGCUAAGGUUGACAACCUUCCAGGUGCUUUCGAUCAAGUUAAUGUUGAGCAGCAGUAUCCUGUCAGGAAUACGACUGCCAGCGUAGCAGCCCAACAGACGGAGGAAGCGCCGAUGUCUCUAUUUGAUCUGUCUAGAGCAACUGCUCGCGCCGCUCAGCGCAAUUUCACUGCUAUUCCAAGCCUACAAAGCAUCACAAGAGGCGCUGAUGCCAACAACAAUGAGCAUGAAGGAGGGUCACUCUCAAGAAUCCGUAAACGAGAUCAGCUUCGUGAAGCUGCGACUGGGACGCUGGUUUCUGGGGUAGGGUGGUUAAUCGGAGCCAAUGUCGGCCAAAAUAAAGAAGAAACUAGUUGA